ACUCAUCGCCACCGCCCACACUGUGCUGAGUGAGCUCUGGCCAUGCUGCCUGAGGUCCUGGCACAGAAGGAGCAGCACGCAGAGAGAUGGCAGCUGGAGACCCCCACCUCACCAGCCCUGCCCUGGGCUGUGGAGAAUCCCCCAACACGGUGGGCUAUGGCUUGCACCCCAGAUCUGCCACCAACAUGCCAGGAGAGAUGGACAGGCCACUGAUCAGCCACCACCUGGUGGAGAGCAAUAGCAGCCUUGCCGAGGUCCCCAAUCAGGCCUUCAAAGUGGGCAUCCUGGGCAGUGGGGACUUCGCCCGCUCCCUGGCCACACGCCUGGUGGGCUCCAGGUUCAGCGUGGUGGUGGGGAGCCGCCACCCCAAACGCAUAGCUGGGCUGUUCCCCUCGGGGGCCCAGGUGACCUUCCAGGAGGAGGCGGUGAGCUCCCCUGACAUCAUCUUCGUGGCCGUGUUCCGCGAGCACUACCCCACGCUGUGUGGCCUCAGUGACCAGCUGGCUGGCAAAAUUCUUGUGGACGUGAGCAACCCCACCGAGCAUGAACACCUCCAGCACCGCGAGUCCAAUGCGGAAUACCUGGCUUCCCUCUUCCCCACCUGCACAGUGGUCAAGGCCUUCAAUGUCAUCUCCGCCUGGACCCUGCAGGCUGGCCCAAGGGACGGGAACAGGCAGGUGCCCAUCUGCAGCGACCAGCAGGAAGCUAAGCACAAGGUCUCGGAGCUGGCGCGCGCCAUGGGCUUCACUCCGGUGGACAUGGGCUCCCUGGCAUCGGCCCGGGAGGUGGAGGCCAUGCCCCUGCGCCUCUUCCCUGGCUGGAAGGUCCCAGUCCUCCUGGCCCUGGGACUUUUCGUCUGCUUCUACGCCUACAACUUCGUCCGAGACGUGCUGCAGCCCUACGUGCGGGAGGGCAAGAACAAGUUCUACAAGCUGCCCGUGUCGGUGGUCAACAUGACGCUGCCGUGCGUGGCCUACGUGCUGCUGUCGCUGGUGUACCUGCCCGGCGUGCUGGCGGCCGCCCUGCAGCUGCAGCGCGGCACCAAGUACCGCCGCUUCCCGGACUGGCUGGACCACUGGCUGCAGCACCGCAAGCAGAUCGGCCUGCUCAGCUUCUUCUGCGCCGCCCUGCACGCGCUCUACAGCUUCUGCCUGCCGCUGAGCCGCUCCCACCGCUACGACCUCGUCAACCUUGCUGUCAAGCAGGUCUUGGCUAACAAGAGUCACCUGUGGAUCGAGGAGGAAGUCUGGCGGAUGGAGAUAUACCUCUCUCUGGGAAUCCUGGCCCUCGGCACGCUGUCCCUGCUGGCUGUCACCUCGCUGCCGUCCAUCACAAACUCGCUUAGUUGGCGGGAGUUCAGCUUUGUUCAGUCCACGCUGGGCUUCGUGGCCCUGGUGCUAAGCACGCUGCACACCCUCACCUACGGCUGGACGCGCGCCUUCGAGGAGAGCCGCUACAAGUUCUACCUGCCCCCCACCUUUACGCUCACGCUGCUGGUGCCCUGCGUCGUCAUCAUGGCCAAAGGCCUGUUCCUCCUGCCGUGCUUCCGACGCAGACUCGUCCAGAUCCGCAGGGGCUGGGAGAGAGACGGCGCCCUCAAGUGCGCGCUGCCAGAGGACUGCGCCCUGGCGGAGAAGUGCAGCCACGUGUGAGGCCUGCGCGCUGGGAACCGUGCGCUCCGUGGGGAGGGCUUCCUGUCUUAACUACGCAUAUGGUGUAAUUAUGCGCAGGUUGGUGAUGUGAGGUCCGGAUCCCUGGGACCAUGUUUUAAGCAGUAAUAUCCAGAAUAAUAUGCACACGUGCGUAUAAUAUAUAUGUACAUAUAUUUCGUAUAUAUAACGGGAUCUGCGAUUGUAAUUACAAAGGUAAAAAAGCUGAGUCCUUGGGAGUUUGACUUGUACAUUUAAAAGCAAGUAGCAGAUUUUAGGAGAAGAGAAAACCGCCGACACUCUUGUGACGUUUGCAGGGAUGUGCACACCCUUUUUGCACAAGAAGAGGCAGGGAGAGGCCUGUACCUUGGCAGAUUGGACUUGUGCCCCCCACCCCCUACCCCCUCCACUUUUGCUACUUUCCCAAGGCUCUUACGGAGCUGGGCUCUAAGGUGGUGUUUGUGGAAGGCACUGCUGCUUCUCCCCGGAGCAGAUUCAAAGUUUCAAGAGAUGCCAGUGAGCAGGGGGCCAGGUUCCUCCAAGCCCACCUUUGGGGAGGAGGCACCUCCUUUGGGAGGGGCCCCAACAGGAGUGAAUCCGGGGUCUGCACGCGGCCAGCUGCCUGAAGGUCCAUUCUUUGCUGGGUGGGGGUGGGGUGGAAAUAGGGU